GGAAAGGCUCCAGAGUAGAGGCUGGAUGAGGCUCCCAGUGAUGAACACUUACAGGAGGCGAGAAGGCUCUGUGUUCUGUUCAGCUGCACCUUGUGUCUUUUGAGUGAUACUCUAGUGAGUGACGUAUGAGUUAUCUGUCAGAGGCCACUCAGAUACCCAUUGGUGGACCCAGGAGUCCACGGGUCCCAUCAUCAUCUCUGUCUCAGAGGCAAAACUACAUCAGAGUGAUCCUGAAGCAGUGGUGGCCCAGCCGCAAUGCCGGUAGGAUGUGGGCCUUCCAUGAAACUGCUGUAGAAAUGGCCCUCAGCCCAGCGUCAGGAGAGCAGCCAAAGAUGCAGAGUGUGGCCUGGGAGGACGGUAGCCUUCAGCCCUGCCCCGUGGGCCAUCAGCCUCAGAGCACAGGUUUUUCAGGAUUCCCGAACGAAGAUGGUCAUAACAAAGUAAAAGAAACAACAGGGAGAAGAGUAAACAGAAAACCAAGACGUAAAUUCACUCAGGAUGAAUUGUGCCUACUUAAUCACGUAUUUGAAGAAACUCCUUACCCUGAUUUUAUCAUUCGAAAAAGACUGGCUGAACGACUGUAUUGUCAAAUAUAUGCGAUUGAUAACUGGUUCCAGAACAGAAGAGCCCGCCUGCCACUGAAAGAGAGACAGAGAAUAUCCGCUGCUAGGAAACUGCACGCAUUCCCUACCCAGGAUCAUUCACAUGGAAGCCUCCAGAACGCCCAGGCAGAGUCUCCCAUCGGGGCCCCGGAGCAGACCUGCUCCUCUACCCUGAAGGCUCUUCUAGAAGGCAUGGACUAUUUCUCUCCUGAGACACAAUGGGUUCCCAGUCAACAGGAUGGCUCGGGGGACACUGGGGUCCCAGGCAUUAAAAAAGAACUGAGCUGUGCUUCGGAGUAUCCGGGUGACACAGGGAAUAGAUUGUAUCCCAAUUGUUCAUCUUACAGCUACGGAUCAGCGAUCUGUCUUCAUCCUUCUGCUUCCAUGCAGUAUUUUGAGAAGCAUGAGCCCAACACCGGGCAGAGCUGGAACCCGAGGGCCUCCAUUCUGCAAGUUCAUAGUCAGCAAGAGGAGAGGUGGCAGCAGGAGCAGGCCUGCUGUCCUUACCCACUGUAUCAAGAAGCAGGGCAGCAGCCACAUGUCUUUGCUGGAGCCCUGACUGCAAAGACCAUCCCAACAAUGUCAGCUUGGUCAACCAGAAGGCAGCCCCUCGGAAUUUCGUCAAGCUUCCAGAGAUAAGUCUCAUGAUAUUGUGGUGCCCCUCAACAAAAUACCAGCAAACCC